CCUUGGGGCCAGAAUCCUUCGAGCCGAGAUCUUUGGGGCCAGAUUCCUUCGGCAGAAAUCCUUUUGGGCCAGAAUCCUUCAGGCCCAGAGCUGCCGCGAUUCCUCUUGGCAGCCAGAGCUGCUUGUUCCUCCGAGGGUGGUGGAGUUCAUAAAAAAAAAAGUGGCGAUAACAUAUGGGUUCCCCAGCACAAAAGGCCUGUCUCUGAGGGGCUGCUGUUCGCGAGGGAUAAGACUCACUCAGUAUGUGUCUGCGGCGGGGAAGCGGGUACAGUAGCCUGUUGUUAUUAUUUUCUCGCUUGUAUUGUGAUAGGAAGGGAUAGAAUGGGGUGUUGUUGGUUUUUUAAGGCUUCAUCUGUUCUCAAAAUAAUGUGGGAGCCCACUGCCUUACUGCUUGGCUGAGGAUGUGGGUUGCUCUCGAGUUUGCUGAGCUGCGUUGGGUUUUUAGCGUUAUCUGCAAAGGUGUUUGCUCAGACUUGAAUACGAAUGUAGAGGCGGGGAGAACUGGGAUGUAUCCCAGUGUUUUAUUGUAGUAGGAUGCUCCUGCUGUUUGGAAAGGGGGAAAUCGUCGUGUUUGAUGGCGUUUCCGUAGGGAUAAUUGUUUUAAGUGGUUCCAGGCGGAUCCUGCGAGCAGGGGAAGCUUGCUGAAUCUGCUGGAAUUCGGUAUGGGAGAGCUUCACAAGCGAAAGCUUUGGCGCACGGGAGCCAGAGGAAGCUAGAUAACCUUUCAGACCGGUCAGCGUGCCAGUUGCAGCGUCAAGGCAACUAGAGUAAUCAUAAAAACUGGGGGGGGCGGGGAAGGUAUUUAAUAUUGUGCAGAUGUGCUGGCUUUUGCUUGUUCUAGGAAUCAGGGUAUUGCAUGGAUGAAAGAGUUAGUAAAGCAAUAUAUUGUUUUUAUAGAGUCAAGUGCAUGCCAGGUGCUUUACAGACGAGAAGAAACGGUCUCUGCCUUGGAGACUUUACAAUCCAUAAUGAGAUAUUAUUGAUCAAACCUGCUCUGAGACAGCUUUGCUAGCCCAUGGGGCUGCUCAGGUGGUAAGAUCUGGGACAAAUAUUUGCAUGGAAUGCAAGGAAUGUCAGUAGAGCAGGGCCAGGAGCUAAUUAACCUGGCAAUGUAGUGCAGCGUGUUCUUAUUGCAUGCUUGGGGUUAGGUUUGGUUUUAAUUUGGCAUUUUACUCCUCUGGUGUUUCUAAGGCUAUGGCUAGAAAUUUGACACUAAUGUUAAUAUAACAUCUGACAUUAAUUGCUUGAGUUGGAUGCUUAGGCAGCUGCUGACCAAACAAAUAGGGGUUAUUUUUCAGCCAGAUGAUUUUCCUGACCUGGUUCACCAUGUGACCACACAAACAAAUGUGCAAGAGCAGAACAGGGAGCUGAUCUUGGGGAAGAGGAGCAAUUGCUGAAGCUGGUAGUCCUGUUGAAAAGUGUCUGGGUUUUGGGUGGGGUUUUUUUCUGAAACUACACCCUAGCGUUGCAGGAAAAAAAGAUAUUAAAAAUGCUAUUGCUUGAGUUCUGACUUGUAGGAGCCCAUGGUUUAGGUGGGGAGCCAUCGGCCAGUUCUUUAAAGGUAAAUCAGAUUCCAAGUUUGGUUGAGAAACAAUGGUGAAACAAGAGAAUCUUAUUUCUUGAUAUAUACGUACAUACGUUUAUGUCUGAUUUGUCCUGUGGGAGCGAUUCUUGCAGUGGAUCAACAGACUUCACAGAGCAAGGUGGGGAAUCGGGUGAAGCAACACACUGGAUUGAGGAGCUGGUUCCUGGUGUCAGGUAGUAUUUAGAGGAAAAGGGGGACAGGGGCCUGAUUUCCAUUUACAGCUGUGAGCUGGGUGCCUCGGUCACGCUUCUGGUGUUUUUACGUGAUGGUCCUCAGUCUCUGCAUUCAGGGCAAUGCACUGCUAAACUCCAUCUCCCUAGAAAGUUUCAGUUGUCCCAGUUUGAUCCAGGUUAGAGUUUUCCCAGCUCAGAAACAAGGGUUGUAAAGCAAGACCUCAUAGAUGCUCCCUUUCUCGCAGCAGUGUUUUUCCAAGGCAAAACAUCUCUCUUAACAAGGGGAUUCUCAUAUUGGCAGCUAGUAGCUUGUCCAGCAAUUCCUUUGCAUCUUUUCUUCGGCCCAUCUGCUGCUCAUGGUAUCACGAGGCUCUGCCUUUGUGGCAGACAGGCGGAGUGGUGGACGAACCCAUCUCUUUUUUUGGCAUCUUAAUGUCGAUCGCUCAUAGGUGUGUUCUUACAAGCUUCCCUGUUGAAAUUUCAUGGUGGGAAAUGAUUUGCUAUCACAUGUCAUUUUGUCUCUGCGUCUCGUUCACAGUGCAGUUCUUGCUGCGGUAUUUAUGUGGCAUUUCUGCAUGUGAAUGACCUGCAGGCAAACUUUCGGAGGAACCUCGGAGCUUUCAUUGCCUGCGGAGCACGCUGCUAUCGUGUUACUGUUACUCAAUAAUCAGUUGGCCUGGACAUAGGUUGCGAAAAUUUAAACAAAUUGUAAACUGUUGAACUUUGCCCCAUGCGUACUGCUUAUUUGUCUGUCCUGUUCCUAUUGCUGACAGGGGAUUUAAUGAAAACAAAUCUACGUUAAAAUAAGCGACUAAAAUUCUAGCGCAGGAGAGCUUAGCUUGGCUGCUGUGUGUGAUGAUCUGCUUUGUAUUGCUGGCUCUUGUACUUGGGAUUUUUCAUCGGAGGCCAUGGAGCUUUCAGCCAAUGAGCUCAGCAUUUAUGACAAGCUAUCAGAGACAAUUAAUCUAGUGAGGCAGACUGGCCACCAGUGUGGGAUGUCAGAAAAAGCCAUUGAGAAAUUCAUCAAGCAACUUUUAGAAAGAAACGAACCCCAAAGGGGACCUCCACGAUACCCUAUCUUAGUGGUUCUCUACAAGGGCCUGCUCACACUGGGAUUGGUCUUGCUGACUGUUUACUUCGUGAUCCAGCCCUACAGCCCGCUGCCGCCUGAAGCUCCGCUCUCCAGAGCCCAUGCCUGGGGCUCCCUCAUCGGUCACAUCCGGCUGCUCUCCCUGCCUAUUGCCAAGAAGUACAUGCUCGAGAAAUGCCAGGACUGGUGGGCAGCAGGUUGCAGACAGAACGCUUCUACGCUUCCUGCAAACUGCACAGUCUGUUCUGCUGUGAAAAGCCUUCAGAUAGUGACAGACUUUGGAGAACUAUCAGAAAAGCUCCAGAGGUCUCAGCCUUUUCUAAUCAAGACGGGGCAGCGUCUCUCCUAUGAAGAACUGAAGCAUUUUCAGUCCCAGGAUCCAGAACUGUCAGAGGUUAUAAUAGAAGAAAAUUCAGCUGAAUUGUGGAGCUGCCCUUUUUUCUUUCCCUGGAACAAAUCUGUGAAUAAAACUCGGAUUCUGCAGGAACUUUUCCCCGCUUCCUCUUUGCUCUCCUUCCCCAAGACAGUGUCCCUGGAGAGCUGCUUCCUCAUCCGCCAUCCAGAUUUGGGGAAUAAGAGCUACAGUUUGCACAGCCUCUUUGCUGUUGGAAGUGGACAGCUCACCCUGACCGUCGUGCCUCUGGACGAGUGCAGAGGACACUGUGAGAUGUUCAAGGUGGAGCUGGAAGCUGGAGAUUUGGGUUACGCCAGCGCGGAUUACUGGACGAUGAGCUUCGUGGCCAGAGGGACAGAGCCGGCAGUGGUUUGUGAUGGAGCUGCUAGCUAAGGAUGGUGGGGUGGGAAAACAGAGCUGUUCCCAGGACAAGAAGACUUUCAGCUUUGAAGCCAAGGCAACAUCUUGAAAAAGAGCGAGCUGGGGCAACUGGGGCAGGCAGCUUUGCCACCCUGCAUGUUUACAGUGUUUAAAAAUGACUGUUUUCCUGACCCUUGAGGUAAUUCUUUGCCUUUCCUCAAAUGUAUUUUGGGAGAAGCUAAAGCUGUUCACGACCUUCCCUGUCCCCUCAGGUAAGCCCUGGGUUUGCAGCGAAGGGUUUUUUCCAGGAGCAGCAGAGGGAUUUCUCAGGAUGAGAUUCACUUUGUGUCCUUUGUGGAUUAUGGCACUUCUGAAACGUCGCGGGGAGGGGUUGGGAGUGGAGGGGGCGGGUGACAUUUCUGUGUACGUUCCUCCUGAGGAGGAAGCUUUGAGCCUGUCUUGUCGGGCCAGCUCUACAAAGGGAAUGAAUUGGUGAUGUGUCCCAACUCCACCCCCUCUCUCCACCGCGUACAUAGCUGUGUGCCUCAGAGGUGUACCCCGCAAAGCCGACCUCAGCUCCGUGCUCCAGGGCUGAGGUGAGCCUUGCAGCCUAGGGGCAGAGACCCUCACCCACUGCGUCGUUCUUGUACCAAAAGAAUCUGUUCAGGCCUCUUCUUUGUGUCUUGUGAUCACUCUUCUGUGGUUCUCUAUCAGCAGGUUGUGAGUGAGUCAAAUGGUAACUGUGGGUUUGGUUUUUCUCCUCCACCUCCUUUCCUAUAAAAAUACCGAUGCAUGUUUUGGUGGUGCUGGUGCUGGGAGUGCAGUAGUUCGGGAUGGAGGUGGGGCUGGGUGCAGAGCAGCUUCUGAUUCCAUCUUCUGAUUGUGCACCUAAGACACCAGGGCUCACAACCCUUUCCGUGUGCUCCUUGCUUUGAGAGAUGCUGCCUGCCUUCCCGGCCCAGGGUACCUACGGGAGCACCUGAAAGCUUCCUCGUCCCUGGCAUGUUUUUUUUGCAUCGACUCCUUCCAGACCUGGAACUGUGUCUUCAGAACGAACGUUGGUUUUUCCUGAGUCCUUUCCAAGCUGCCUUCGCAUGCUUCCUGUUGCUUGAGCACUGCUUUAUCCAAUGCCCUGAGAGAGGCUCGGGUUCAGUGUUUGCGGGCUGCGGAUGCUGCGGUCCCUUCCAAGUCUGAUCCUUUGGGUCUGAUCCUGCUCUUGUUGAAGAUCAUUUACAGAUGUGUCAGGCUGAACUCAUAGGCCAGAGCUGGGGUUCAGGACAUACUCUCACACUUGUUAAUAUGGAACUGGGAGGGGUUUUGUUUGAAAGCGAGUUAACUGUGUUCUCAGGAGCAAGAACCUCUUCUGUAAAUAUUUUAGGUACGCGUAAAAUGACAGAUUGGAAAAAUGUCUAUCCAGCCUUUGGUUUUGAGCAAGACCAGGAGAAUGGGAGCAAACCCUGUACUAAUCUUACUAGCAUCUGACAAAACUGCCAAGUGGGAUGACCAUGUCUGGUGCCUGUACGAGGAUAAGGCAGAGGACAGUUCCUGCUCCAAAGAAUUUAGUCUGUGAGGCCUUGACUCUGCAAAACGUUUCUAUGCAUAACCCUUGUUUUUCUCCUGUAAAAAAAAAAAAUGGGAACAGCCUCAGCACCCGUGUCAGUCUGUGUGCACGGCCCUCGGCAGUGGACCGACACGGGACCGACACGCAGCAGAUCUAGUAGAACCAAAGGGGGAGGGUCUGACUCUCUCGGGACAGAAAAGGACUAACCUAAUUUGUAGCAAAAUAUUAAAGGGAAUUGGACUUGUAAGACUUCCACUAGUAAUGUUAAUGUUUGGGGUGUGUUUUACAUGUGUGACACUACAUGCAAUCUUGUACAUGCCAAGACACACACGCCACCCCUCUCCCUCCUCUUAAAGCCUGGAUCUUAGUUAAUGGAAAUUCGGGAGUUUGGUGAUGGCAGAAUUAGGGCCUCGUUAGUGACCGUUGCUAUUUACGCUUUGGCAGCUUCUCAAGUCAAAUUCAAAGGUUGACGAGGUUAUUUCACCUCUUACUGGUUUUGUACCUGAUCCAUUUCUGUGAAGCGCUGGGUUAGAGGUGCGUACGGAGAGAACCCGCGGGACCCAUUCUUGCUGAGACUGCGGGUGCUUUGGCGAUGCUGUUACUUCUAAGUGUCCUUGAAUGUAACUUGUAAAAGAGCUGCGGAGACAAUUCUCAAGUGUCUGUGAAACGCCUGUGUUUUGUGAGUCACGCUUAAGCCAUUGUGGCCGUCUGGCUCCUUGGGGAAGAAGCAGAGAAAAUGGAUCUAUUUAUGGUUGCUGUUUAGAUUGGGGGGAGAGGGGGGUGGCGGGGGGGGGCUAGGGCAGGUUUGUGCCUAUUUAGCAAAAGUGCUCUCACGUAUUGCUUCUCCCCUCAAAGAGUUGCAGCUGGUUGGACAGAAGAUGGUGAGUCUGGACUGUUUGCAGAUCAGCUUUCCAAGUGCACUUUAGGGUCUCUGCAUAAGUUUCCAGAUCUGUGUCUAGGCGAUACAUUGCAUAUGUCCCAACCUUGCUCCCUUUGGAGUUUACAUCAUUUGUUUUUAAACUUCCAGUAUAUUUUCUCUUCCUCUUCCAAAAACUGUAAGGAAUUAGCUGCUAAACUAAAACAGGAGGGCAAUCCUCCUGCUGAUAAAGAGCUGAUUUUGGCCCUGAGCGCUGAGUGCGGAGCCCUGGUCUGUAGCACGGCUUCUAGAGCAGCUCCUGUCUUCAGCUGCCAGAGAAGCAGUGCUCGUGCCUUCCGCCUUGCAAUGCAGCGAGGAGCCGGGAUGGAAAACUGGGACGUGAGGCCGGGGUGGCAAAACUAGGAUGGGCAAAAGGACGUCUUGACACCUUGGCCAAACAGCUGCGAGUGAGCCUAGCUCAUCUUCCUCACCCAGAGCUCCAGCUUCACAGAGCCUCUGCGAAGGCUGCGGGAGGCUGUGACUUCCCCAGGGAGCCUGGCAGCUCCUCGUGGCCUGCCGAGGCUGAAGGGGGAGCGUGGCUAUUCCGGCAUCGCGGCGGCAGAUGCGAUCGGGUGAGUCGCAGAGGGUGUGUGUCCCUUCGGGGGCUCCCUUGCCUUCAGCUUCACUUUGGCACCUGUGCGUGUCCCAGCGCAUGUGCUGGUUUGGACAAUCCCCCCACUCCCCACCCCGGCCGGCUCGGGCAACGCGUGCAUCCCAGCUUUUCCAAACCUGUUUGUGUGCUUCAGAGCUCUUUGCCUGUGAGCCGGGAGAUGGGCUCCUGCCCACCCCGUGUCCCGGAGGCUGCAAAGCUGCUCUGGAAUCACGCCGGCGAGGUGCAGCGAGUCAGUCCCACCGGAGAGCCCGGCGGGCAGGGGUGCGGAGGGGGCAUCUUGCUGCUUGUCAGGGUAGGAAGCUGGGCUGUCGCCCAUCGGCAGGGCAGGAGGAUCAUGGUUUAAAGCUGGUUGCGAAAAGCAGGGGUCAUUGACCGUUGCUCUUAGUUCCUGAACUCAGGGUAACUGAAAGGAGGAGAAAGGAGCAGUAUUAUUUACUUCAGUACCAGGAAAUCAGCAUCUCCUAAGGAACCAAGCUGCCAGUUUCUAUUGAUUUUUUUGUUUUGUUUUGUUUUGUUUUCUCCUCGCUGGCAUUGCACACACUCAUUCCCCAGAGGCAGCUCUACAAAUCCCAACCUCAAACUCCCUUUGCAGCGCCCUGGAGAGCUCUCCUAGGAAAUCCAACCCUAGAGUCUGGGGGCCCUAGCUUCUCCUGCAAGUCCUCUUGCUGUAAUGGUCUGGCAGAGGAGCUGGUUUUACUGGGCUGGACAAAGCACCCCCCUUCUGGGGCUGGUCUCUGCAGCAGCCAGGCUCGCAGCGUGGGAACAGCCCCGGCGAGGGGAGGUGGGGGCAGGAGAGCAUCUCAGUAGCCAGGUGAGCUGUGUGAACGCCAGCAUCGCGGGAGGGUGAUCCUCCUGCCUGCAAAACCCCGUGUUCGCAUCGGGGACACCGCUGGGGACAAGGACGUUCGCACAUCGGCCAGUCCCAGGCUCAGUGGUUCACUUUUAGCCCCGCUGUCCCCAAGGGAACCAAACACUUUCGGGGGUGAGGCUGUUUGUGGGUGCACGUGGAGCUUCUGCUACCUGCAAGCCAAAUUUGCUCCUCUUCGUAAAUUUUAUAUGUAGAACUAUAUAUUCGCCUCUUCAGGAAACUCCUUGUAAAGGAUGGGUUUACUGUCCUGCUGAGUUAAACAAGGGAGAUGCUGGACUUCCCCUUUGCUUUGGCCAUUCAAACAAGUGACAGGUGAUUUAUUUUUAGCAUUAUCUUUUUGUCUACGGGGAGGGGAGCCGUGUUAUAAAGGCUCAGGGGCGCUGGGAGGUAAAGCUAUAUAUGCAUAAAGACUGUUUCAAUGCUGAACACUAUAAAUUCAGUGGUGGAUUCAAAAGAAAAAAAAGAAUGUAAAUAUGCACUUAAUGCAGAAUUUUAUGGAUGGUCAUAAUUUAAUAUAUUGCAAACUUUGUAAAUACUUGGGAAAAGCCUGUAAAGUGUGUAAAUAAAUGAGAUUUGUAUGUAAGAAGAAUAAAAAAAGUUUUUACUUUUUACAAUUAAAUACAAGUGUUAAUGCA